AUGGACGGCGACGCUCUCCCUUUCGGCGAUUUCUUCGGCCAGUUCGAUCCUGGCUUUGACUGGAUGGCAACCUACGCCCCUCUUCCAAGCAGUAGCGACGAUCAUGAAUCUGCGAUGCCGGUCAAUGAUAUGGAUAACACCGGCACACCUCCAUCAUCCCUCGGUUCCGACUUCGAUUCGAGUCAGGGACAGAGCACUGCCGACUUCAUGUCGCCUCAUGCGCAGGUAUUGGAUGCCUCGCAAAUGUCGAUGAUGCCGGCGGAGACGAGGUUCAUAUCGGAGUUACAUCAAGGUGUAGGUCCCCAAAGCUUACCGACUGAAGUCACAUAA